AAUAUGCGCGAUGCCAGUUAUUGGGCACGUUUUCUGUUAUUGAAAUCCUGUGCAAAAAUGUAUGCAAUGGUUUCCCGUGAUUGACCUCAUGCGACGUCAACAGACCAGACAAUGACGUCAUGGCGUCAGAAGUUCUCAAGCCAUGACAAGACAAGCAAUCAUAGCCCUCUGCCUCCUCUUUGCGGUGACAACGUCAUGUUUUGGCUUUGUACACACCCUGUUGGGAGGCUGUGAUGAUAUUGAAAAAGAUUUCAAAUUUGAAAAGUCUCUGCGAGAAAAAUGCAACAGAGACUUGGAAGAAGCCAAUCAGAAGGCUGCAGAUGCUGAUGAUGUCAAACGACAACUUGUAGACUGUCAAAAUUCGGGCAAAAAACUCAAAAACGAUAUUGAGAAGUUGAAGAAGGAGAAGGACUACCUGAAAGGAGAGGCCACGGAAUAUGAAAACUUGUUGAUUCGUGAGCAGACCGAGUGUCGGAAGAAGGACAAGCGAUGUAAGGCAGGCGAGGCACAACUCCAGCAGACACAAAGUAAUCUGACAGAAUGCGAGGACAAGCUUAUAGACUGUGGUGGUACUCAAUCCAUCCAGGCAACGAAACACGUUGAAUUUCUAAAAGGACAAAUAAACGAUCUAAAAAAGCAUCGUGAUCAACUCGAUUUAGAACUAGAGGACACACAGACUUCAUUCAGGAAUUUGCGAUAUACUGAGACUAUUUGCCAGUCAAACUACAGUGAUCUCGUGCAUCAGCUUUCUGAGUAUAAAAAUAGGAUUCAAAGUUUACAGAAUGAGAACCAGGCCAGUCAAAAGACUGUUGGAACAGACAGGACUCCAUAUUCUUACUUUGAUCAGCACCUCUUACUUCAUGCUGUUGCCGUCAUCCUACUCCUUUAUCUAGCAACCCAAAAUAAUUCAUUGAAGGAGAGCAUGAAGCAUUUAGAAAGGCUUACCACCGAACUGGAAAAAGAUAAGACACCUAAAGAAGGAUUAAGAUCGCCUACCAGUAGUACACAUGCUCAGGACCAGCGUCCUAAUGAAAACAAGACAGGGGAAGCAGAAUCUGUCAAGGAUCAACAAAGCGAGGAGAUGUUCUCCGAUGACGAUACAGAAACUGAGGACAAUGAAGCUGGCCAUCAGAAGCAGGGUGCAGAAAAUGCUCAUGCAGGCUCAUCAGAACAUUGGCAGUUAAGUGGAAAACCGAAUCAGAAAGCCCCAAAGCGCUUCAACAAAGGGGAACCUUGGGAAGAACCAAUUAAAAAGCUUUGUGAUGAAAUAACAGAGUUGAAGAGCAGGCUUGCAAAGCUUGAACGCAAUGGAUUGGAAAACCAAGUGACUGUUGGGGACAAGAAUGGGGCUGUGAAUCCAACGCCUCAGGAUGGUCAAACUGAUAAAGGUGCUGGAACUGGAGGAUUAACCGGUAAAACGACGGACUUUGAUGCUGACAAGAAUAAAAAACAUUCCGAUCAAAAAGCCAAGCAGGAGGCAGCAGUGAAAAAUCAGAACCCGCCAAGUCAAGUUCAAUCUGUGGACAAUGGGGAGGCCGCUACUGAGAGUCGUGGUGGUGGUGAUGGUCAUGGUGCAGAUGCAGCUGCGAUAAGCAAGGCUCCGAAAGUCCGAGAAGACCCCCAUAGUGAGAGCGAUGGGGUUGUUUCCACCAAGAGUCCAAACAUUGAUGACACCUCUCUAGACAAUGAUGCUACUGCUACUGCUGCUCCUACCCAUAAUGGUUCAGAACAUCUAGAUGAGGCGACAAAUGACAGCGGGGACGACCCUACUGAGAGUCAUGAUGGUGGUGACGGUCAUGGUGCAGAUGCAGCUGCGAUAAGCAACUCUCCCGAAGUCCAAGAAGACCUCCAUAGUGAGAGCGAUGGGGUUGUUUCCACCAAGAGUCCAAACAUUGAUGACACCUCUCUAGACAAAGAUGCUACUGCUGCUACUGCUACUGCUGCUCCUACCCAUAAUGGUUCAGAACAUCUAGAUGAGGCGACAAAUGACAGCAGGGACGACGCUACUGAGAGUCAUGAUGGUGGUGACGGUCAUGGUGCAGAUGCAGCUGCGAUAAGCAACUCUCCCGAAGUCCAAGAAGACCUCCAUAGUGAGAGCGAUGGGGUUGUUUCCACCAAGAGUCCAAACAUUGAUGACACCUCUCUAGACAAAGAUGCUGCUACUGCUACUGCUGCUCCUGCCCACAAUGGUUCAGAACAUCAAGAUGAGGCGACAAAUGACAGUCUGUUAAAGGAAGGAGAUAAUGACACUGGAACCAGGGUGUAAGUGCAUGGUUCCAACUGCAAUGCUUUCAUUGCUUUCAAUCAACUGACAGUGGAUUACUCUUCAGUGAUAUUCAAGAACUUUGUCUUUCUGUGAAUUGUCCAAUCAGAGGAACUCCAUCCUGUUUCAAAUUUAUAACUGCUGAUGCAGGUGAUUUGAUCAGACGUUUGCAUAUUAUGUGAUAAUUGUAAAACACUAUUGUAACAGUGACUACACUCCAGACGUAGUGGACUGGCUUCGUCAUAUCUCCUGGAAUGAUCAAUAUGAUAAAAUGGACAACAUAGGAGUCUAAACAAUGACUGGAUAUAAUGAAUAGGUGUGAAUAGUGAUUGACAAUGAAAACCUCUAUGAUGAAAUCAACCUGUCCACUACUAUACUGCUUUUGUGAAUCUAAGAUAUAAGUGUCUGGGUAUUUGCUUUAUUUGUUAAAUUCAGAGAUUGUAAUUCGAUAUGUACCAUGAAUAGGAUAUUAAAUAUCAUUG